CAACAAAGAACAACUCCUCCGAGCCCCCACACCUCAACAACACUUCGCCCCCAAAUCGAAGCGAGGCCUAAAACCCUAAGCCCCCGGCGCCGCACCGGAUCUCGCCGCCGCCGACGACCCCAUGGACAUGGCAAGCAUGAACGACCCGGAGAGGCUCUUCUUCUUCGACCUCGCCUGUAAGACCGCCAAGGCCACCUACGAGGAGAACCCCCUCGACGCCGACAACCUGACGCGAUGGGGCGGCGCGCUGCUGGAGCUGUCGCAGAUGCAGAACGGCGAAGAUAGCCUCAAGUGCCUCGAAGAUGCGGAGUCCAAGCUGGAAGAAGCACUGAAGAUUGAUCCCAGCAAGGCUGAUGCACUCUGGUGCUUGGGGAAUGCCCAGACCUCUCGUGGGUUUUUCACUGCAGACACCAUCCAGGCUAAUGAAUGCUUUGAAAAAGCAACUGGUUGUUUUGAGAAGGCUGUUGAUCUGGAUCCAGCAAAUGAUCUGUAUAAGAAGUCAUUAGAUUUGUCAUCCAAGGCACCUGAACUGCAUUUGGAGAUUCAUAGGCAAAUGGCAUCUCAAGCAGCGGCAGGCCCCUCGACUUCAAGUGCAAGGCAACCAAGGAGAAAGAAGAAGGAAAGUGAUUUCUGGUAUGAUGUUGGUGGAUGGGUUAUUCUUGGUAUUGCCAUCGUUGGUUGGGUGGCAAUGUCCAAAAAUCAAGCCCCUCCACCGCCGCCGCCACCUCACAUGUGAUGUGGUUCAACUUUUAAAACCUGCAAAUGGCAUGCGUAUGUUAAGUGCCGCGGACGUAAAUCUUGUUAGGACUUAGCCAAGUUAUGAAGAGAAGAUGGUGUUCCCAUGUUGUGGUGGUGAAAUUUUCGACGAUUGUCUUCCAUUCCAGGCAUGACAAGAUUUGUCUUGUCAUUGACAUAAGCGGCUGGAUGCUUCCUUAUACCUUUAUCUUAUUAGCAAAGAACCUUUAGUAUGUUUUGAUGACUUAAUCUCCGGUGUUCACAUAAUAUUCGGAUUUCUCAUGUUUGCGCUCCCGCGGCAUGUGCUGCUUUUUCAUGGCAUUCUUUUGGCAGGAAUGCACCUAAUAAUUGUAAACGACGUUUGUCAUGUUCAUACUCAUGGAAUCUGCCUGCCUUUCUGGUGAUACCGAGGCAGUUUGUUGUGUCA